AUGGGUCACGAGCACCAAACUGCGGUAAUGCUUAAUGCCACAUUUGUUCGUCCUGAGAAAUUUUAUCUCAGUGGGUUUUCCAACAUCCCACAUGUCAAAUAUUAUUAUGUGUUUCUGUGUUUUGUUUAUGUUGUGACUGUCCUUGGGAAUGCCUUCCUCAUGUCAGUUAUCUAUCUGGCCAAGACUCUUCAUACUGCUAAAUACACGAUUGUCUUCAACUUGGCUUUGACAGACUUGUGUGAGAGCACUGCUCUCAUCCCAAAGCUGUUGGACACAUUUUUGCUUGAUAACAGAUACAUUAUCUAUGAGGCCUGCCUAAGUUAUAUGUUCUUUGUUUUGUUCUUUACAUCUAUGCAGUCAUGGACUCUCCUCACUAUGGCAUAUGAUAGGUUUGUAGCAAUUUGCUUUCCUCUGAGAUACCAUGCAAUUGUGACAAAACCAGCUGUUGCUGCUAUACUCAUGUUUAUAUGGUGUUUCCUGGUUAGUUUACUGGCAUUUGGGAUUAGCUUUAUAGACCGUCUUUCCUUUUGUAGAUCUUUGGUGAUUAACAGUUUCUUCUGUGACCAUGCACCAACAUAUAAACUUGCAUGUAAUGAUACUUCUUUAAAUAAUAUAAUGGCAUAUGUUGUUUUCGUCAUUGUCCUAUGUAUUCCUGCUAUUCUAAUAGUAAUCUCAUAUAUCUGCAUUGCUAUAGCAUUGAUUAAGAUUGCAUCUGGAGAGGAACGUAUCAAAGCUCUGAAAACCUGUACCUCUCAUCUGAUCCUAGUGGCUAUUUUCUUUUUACCAAUAUUGAGCACAAAUAUAGCUGCAGUGGCCACUUAUAUUCAUCCUAAUGCCAGGAUUGUAAACUCCUCCUUGACACACAUCAUACCUGCUAUGCUCAAUCCUAUUAUAUACUCUUUGAAGACAGAAGAAGUACUGAUCUCCAUUAAGAAGCUUUACAAAAGAAAAAGGCUCAGUGAUGCAGCAGUGAACAAAGUGUUGAUGUAA